CACAUCCGCUUUCUUUUAGGAGGCCUGUAAGAAGCAAAACAAGCCGAAUGAAUGGCGCUGGUUUUGCGCUUUUAGUCCAAACACAAGAUACACCGCUUCAGGAAAUUUAGUGGGUGCGGAUUUUUGGAGGAAUAUUUACAGGUCGGCGUGAAAGCUUCAUCAGUCUUGGGUGGAGAUGUGCGCCGCUGAGCACGCACAGCGUGUCCUGUCCGCCUUAAACCAGCAGAGAGCAGCAGGGAGCUUUUGUGACGCCCGUCUUAAAUUGACCGAUGGUGUUGUCUUCGCUGCCCAUCGUAGCGUCCUGGCCUGCUUUAGUCAAAUCUUCCAGGGGGGCGACAUGGCCACUGCUCCACCCAGCGUGGAGUUCUGCCUUCAAGAGUGCUCAAGCGAGGGCCUAGAACUGUUGUUGGACUUUGUCUACACUGGGAAACUGAAGCUGGAGCCGAGCGUCUUGGACAAGGUGCAGAGUGCGGCGUCCAGUUUGAGUGUCCCUGAAGCGCUCGCAAUGUGUCAACAAUUCAGGGACAAACCCACCGAUGCGGUCCCUCUUCUCAAGCGAGGGCGCGGCCGACCGAGAAAAACAACUUCUGAGGUUUUUCUUAUCUCGGGUGAUGGGCCAAACAAGCAGACAGUGGCUAAACAGCAGUCUGUUUUGGAGGGAAUUGCAGAUGGCGUAAAAGUACCCGCCACCGCGACCACCCGCUCGGGCCGAGUUGUCAAAGGGCCCAGACGGAUGAUCUCUGAUGAAGACACUGCCUGUGAUGUCCCGGGCAGCGAGAGAGCUCCGUCUCAUUUUUCAGAGCGAGAACAUCCUGAAGACGAGGAUCAGAACACUGAGCUACAAGCAGGUCAAGCACAGAUUGUCGAGCUGCCGAGCCACUUAAGUAAUACGGGGGCCGUUGAGGACGAAACCGACCCUUUGGAGAGGAACAACUGCGACUCUGAUGAGGAGUACAUUCCCACCCACAAAUCCAGUCCCACCGUGGCGUCUCCGCCGAGAGCUCGGCGACGUCGGCGGAGUUCGCUUGAGAGUGGCCAUUGUGAAACGGAGGAAGGAGAAUCCUCUGUGCAAUGUCCCGUCUGUCACAAAGUCUUCAAGAGCAAAUAUUACCUCAAAGUGCACAACAGACGGCAUACUGGCGAGAAACCGUUUGGUUGUCCUAAGUGUGGAAAGCACUACUUCAGAAAAGAGAAUCUUCUAAUUCAUGAGCUCAGGCACUGUACUGCAACACAGACGUUCACGUGUCGGACAUGCUCGUCGUCAUUUAAAGAGAAAGAGGAGCUUCGUGCGCAUGUCGUCUCCCAUGCCGAGCAGAUGCCCUACAAGUGUUCACAGUGCGCUGAACAUUUCAUGUACAAGAAACACCUGAUGUGUCACAUGAUGAAGGUCCAUGGCUACCCCAAACCACAUGCUUGUCCACAGUGCCCGAAAACCUUCUGGACCCGCUACGAGCAGAGAGUGCAUGAAGCCUCCAAACACCGCGGGGAAAAGCCGUUUGUGUGCGAGGAGUGUGGCCAUCGAGCGUCCAGUCGCAAUGGCCUGCAGAUGCACAUCAAAGCUAUCCACAGAAACGAGCGGCCCUUCCUAUGUAGCAUUUGCGGCCACGCCUUCUCCCAAAAAAAUAACCUUAACAUGCACCUGCGCGUGCAUAGUGGCGAAAGACCAUACCAGUGUCACUUGUGUGGCAAAACUUUCCGCACGCAAGCUAGCCUUGAAAAACACCACCGAACGCACACGGGCGAGCGGCCCUUCCCCUGCGACGUGUGCGAGCAGCGCUUCACAGAGAAGGGCGCACUCCUUCGCCACAAGGCUAGUAAGCACGAAGAGGGUCGCCCCCACUGCUGCCACAUAUGUAACAAGACUUUUAAAGCCAAAGAACAACUGCGGGUCCAUCUACGUCGCCAUAAGGGUAUGAGGAAGUUCGAGUGUGACGACUGUGGCUACAAGUUUACCCGACAGGCACACCUGCGUCGACACGUUCUGAUUCACAAGCGGACCGAGAACUACAACCCACGACAGAGGAAACUGAGGAACGUGGUUGUGGAUGACCGCGACGGAGGUCCGGGUGACUUUGAUGCCACCAAACCAGCAGAGCCCACAACAGUCACUAUGGAUGCGGUUGAUGUCUCAUCCACUGGCCUGGGGUCCAGUUGCAUGGUGACAGUGGUGAUUGAGUAGAGCACAUCUUUGUACCUCAAACACAACUUUGGACAUGGAAGGGAAUCGCAUUUCUGUGCUGUUCUCCCUCCCAAAACUGCCUCUGAUUGUCAUUCAUAGUUAGUGUGCUCGUUCUCACAUCCAAGGGUUUGUGAAAACUGGCAGUAAGUUAAUGGUCAACAAGAAGUUAUACAAUACCUGUCAAGUUUUGGAUGUGAAAAUAAGAAAUAUAUUUGUUCAA